AUGGGGCCCCCUAGAUGCAGACAUAUCUAUGUCACGGAAGAAGAACCCCGAACAAAGAACAUGAGGGACGGGGUAGAGGAACCUUGUUUUAAUAGAGAUUGGAGGGACAUUUUCUGUGCCAUCCAAGAUGCACUCCCGGCACCUCUACCUACCACCACACUAUCAGAUCGCCGUAACUAUAACUUAUGGUGUGAUCACUACAGAGAAUACGGACACACUCUAACACAAUGCAGAGAGCUUAAACGUAUUUUGCAUCAAAUGGCCGAAAAAGAAAAACUAGGGAGGUUUCUGAACAGGAAGGAAUAUACCUCUCGUAGUAACAAUGAGAGGUUAUACUGUCCAAGGCAUAAACCCCCGAAUGAUGAAGAAAGAAAAGACGUCUCUAGUGAUACACAUGGGCAGCCUCACACAGAUCCAUUAGUAGUCAUAAUUAAGAUUGGGCAGAUCAAGGUGAAGCGAGUACUAAUUGACACUGGAAGUACAACAGAUUUGAUCACGAUGGAUUGCCUCAAACAGAUGAAGUUCGAGGACAAACACUUGCAACCUGUUGACAAACCCCUCAUUGGUUUUGGAAGUAAUCGAGUCUUACCCCUUGGGACUAUCAUAUUUCCAGUACAUGUUAAGGAGAGAAACAAUUGCAAAACAAUGCCCAUCCGUUUCACCGUGGUAGAUUUUAAUUUCCCCUACAAUGCGAUCAUGGGGAUCCGCCUCAUCAACAAGCUUAAAGCUGUAAUUUCACCACAUCAAUUAUUGCUGCAAUUCGAGCAAGAUGAUGCUAAGGUCGAAAUCUUGUAG